AUGGUCGAAAUAGUAUUCGACACGGGAAAUCCAAUUCGUCGUGUCCGAUCCGUCAAUGUGGGGCUCGCAUCUGUACACCGUGACGAUUAUCCGCAUCCUGGGGGUAGGACAAGCGCUCGCGACGCGGUGGUGGGUCCCAACAAGAGGAUCGGUGGCGGUCGUGCCAACCCUGCUGACGGGUCGCUGCGGCUCUGUGGAGUCUUCCUCUAUUGUUGGUGUUGUCGACGGCGGCUCUGGGGGGCUCUCCUCUGUGUUGCUGCUGGUGUCUCUAUUUCCGGUGAUGCCGAUGGAAUCGUAACACCCGGUGUCGAAUGUGAUGCUUCUGGCUACGUCGUUAGUUUGCAUCUCGAUGAUGAGGCCAUUUCUGGUGGAAUUGAGGAUUCAUCGAGUCUCUUCAGAUUUGAAUAUCUGCAGAAGCUUAACCUUGCCUUCAAUGAUUUCAACUACACUCAUCCCAUCCCAAAAGAGGUUCCGGCUGAAAUAGCAUCGUUGAAGAUAUUGGUUAGUCUCGAUAUUUCCAACUAUGAUUGUUCGACUCCCGAAGAGUGUCUAAGUCUUGAGUAUCCAAAUUUGGAAAUGCUUGUUGGAAAUCUAACAGGGCUUAGAGAGCUGUAUUGGAUUGUGUCAAUAUUACCUCAUUUCAUGAAAAGGAAUAAAUUGAGCCACAUUGUUUCAUCACAUUUACCAAACUUCACCUCUUUGAGCUUGGCUCAUUGUAAUCUAUAUGGCCCUUUGUCUAAAUCUUUUUGGGAACUCCAUUCCCUUUCUAUUCUUCGACUAAAUGUUAAUGAUGUUUCAAUAGUAGAGCUUCCAGACUUGUUUGCCAAAUUUCCAAGUUUGACCAUCUUAGGUCUUCGUAACUGCAGUUUGAAGGGUUCUAUACCAUCCACCUUUGCUACCCCAACCGAGCUGAUUCAUGUGGAUUUGUCAAAGAACUUCUUGACAGGCUCACUUCCUUCUACGUUGUUCGAAGGUCUUUCCAAUCUAGCUCAUCUAAAUCUCACGUGGAAUUCAUUCUCCGGUAACAUUCCUCGCUCUCUCUAUGCUCUCCCAUCAUUGUUGGAACUUCAUCUUAUUUACAACCAAUUUAGUGGCACUUUUAAACUAGACAACUUGCUAAGCCUGACCAAUCUUACAUACCUGGGGCUAGCUCAGAAGAGCUUGUCAGUAGAUGUUGGCAAAGUCGAUUCAAGCUCAUAUGGACGUUUCCAAUUGAAAGUGUUAGCACUAGGCUCAUGUAAUUUGUCCAAUAUUCCGAAUUUCAUCAAACAUUCGCAUAUAGAAAUAUUGGAACUAUCAGACAAUCGGAUCGCGGGGGAAAUACCUAGUUUGAUUUGGGGAACACAACUUACGUAUCUAAACCUCUCAUUUAAUCUUCUAACAGAUUUUCAAAAGCCUUACCAUAUUCCUGCUUCUCUUAAGUACCUAUACUUGGACUCUAAUCAGCUCAGGGGUGAGUUACAGCUUCCCAUUCCACUUGCAUCUCAACUCUGGUGGUUGUCUUUCGCUAAUAAUAGUUUAAGUGGAUCAAUUCCAACCUUCCUUUGCAAUGCAACACACCUUGAUUUUCUUAUCUUGUCCGAAAAUAAAUUAAGUGGCAGCAUACCCCCUUGCCUACUCGAAAACGUUAGGGGGAUUGAAGUGGAUCAAAACAAGGUCAGCGGCAACAUUCCAGAUCAUUUUACUUCGCAUUGUAGGCUAGAAUUUUUAUAUCUUUAUAAUAAUAGUAUGGAAGGGAAGAUCCCAAAGUCCCUCGAAUAUUGUAGGCGGUUAAAGGCCAUGGACAUUGGGAACAAUAACAUCAGCGGCAACAUUCCAGAUAUUUUUUCUAUGGAUUGUAAGCUAAUAUAUUUGUCGCUUAGCAAUAAUAAUUUAGAAGGGAAGAUCCCAAAAUCUCUCAAAAGUUGCAUGUCGUUGGAGGUCAUGGAUGUUGGGAACAACAACAUCAAUGAUACGUUCCCGUGCAUGCUAUCAUCCUCAUUGAGAGUUCUUAUUUUGCACUCCAACAGAUUCCAUGGUAAAGUGACAUGUAACAUGACAUGGUCAGCUCUUCGAAAUCUAGAUAUAGCUUCAAAUAAUUUCAUUGGACGUCUGGAAUCAAUAAACUUCUCUAGUUGGAGGGGAAUGAUGCAAUGGAGUUAUGCUCAAUCGUACGAAGUUGAAGUGACAUUAAUCAUGAAAGGGCUAAAGUUAGAACUUAAAAAAAUUUGGCAUGACUUUGGAAGUAUUGAUUUUUCUUGCAAUAAUUUCAUCGGAGAGAUACCAAAUGCAAUUGGCAAUCUUACCGCACUUUAUCAUCUCAACUUGUCCCACAACGCCCUCAACGGAAGCAUCCCUCAGUCAUUUGGCCACUUGGGUGAUCUCGAAUCACUUGACCUCUCUCGAAACCAGCUAACAGGGCCAAUAUCGACGGGGCUUGAAGAACUCACAUUCCUUGAAGUCUUGAACCUGUCAUAUAUAAGCUGGUCGGAAUGA